AUGGAGUUAGCAGAUGCCUCAUGCAUUCACGCCAUUCUUCGGACUUUAUCGGCAUCAGAUAUAUUAACACUAUUGUGUGUUAAUAGGAAGAUCGCAGAAUACGUCCAUUCCUCCCCAACUAUCCCUUAUCUCCCAAGAACAUUUCUGGUGUACUUCUUACUUCAACACACCUUCCCGAAACCAUCGAUUCAAAUGGAUUUCAAAAACUCUCUCACGCCGCCAAAGGCGGCGUCAGUCACUUAUAGACAUAACACUACAGCACCACCAAUACCUCCUAUCAUGCCACUAAGGUCAUUCAUAGUCUCGUUGAACAUCCCAGUACACCAGAAAUUCAUGAUUGACUUGACGACGUUCCCGGUCCUCAAAAGACUUGUUCUGACCUUCUUCGCGGAGCCACAAACGUUCCAACCCCUCAAUUUGGCUAUUCUCUCGAUAUAUCUCCAGUCCCAGAAACAAAUUCCAUUUCUGAAUAAACUCAGAAACGUUGUCGCAAAGACGUUCAUUCACAUCCAUUGCCCAAGCGCGCUGGACGUUGCAGAAAUUAAUAACAUUUUUCAUGGGGCAGUGAUUAUCACAGAAAAGUUGUCUGACUUCUCGCUUGCUGCAAAGGUGAAGUGUCUGCACAACUCAAUUCCAAUCAACAGAAAAGUGUACGAAGUCUGCUCUGUCCCAGCAUCUCUUGCUUUUCUCCAUGGAAAUUUUGUGACUCAAAGAUUGAUAGAAAAGGCGUAUGUGUAUGGUAGAAUGGUGUCGAUGCCAAUCUCACCACUUUCAUUUAAGCAGCUCUUCUUGAUUAACUUGAAUUUGCCAAAAAGAGGCAACAUCACUCUACGAAAUGUGGAAACCCUUGUUGUGGGAAGUUGCGACAAUUUGGCUGGAUUUGACGGGUUGGAUAAGUGCCCAAUUAAGUCGUUCACGUUCUGCAAGAACAGUGCGAUGACUUCUAUUAAGGUGCCAACAACUUUGACGUAUCUGGAUGCUUCGGAAUGGAAACCGUUGACUAUCCCACCACUCCCGCUACUCAGGGCACUCUUCUUGAAAAAAUGUAACACAUUCAGACACAUCACAGUCCCACCAGGAGUCGUCUCACUCACUGUGGAAGAGUGUCAGAAGCUCAAGAGAAUUGCGAAUUUAGCGGAGAUAUCCCUGACGAGUAUAGAACUAGUUGAGUUACCUGUUUUAGUAGUCACCAACUUACCGACUUCAUUAAGAAAGUUGACUCUGAACAACUUAAGCACGCUCGAGAUAUCGCUGAACAACUUGAAUUUACUGGAAGAAUUUCGAUUUGCGGUGUGUUCGAAUUUAAGAAGUAUUGAAUGUGGGACUAAUCUCAAGAAGGUUGAAAUCGACUGUUGUGUUGAGUUGAGUGAGUUUGUGUGCCCGUGUACGUUGAACAGUCUUUCGAUAACGAUGUGUUCGUCCAUCAGUUCUAUUGAGGCCAAUGCAAGAAACGUCCAGUUGAGUAACCUUGGUGGUUUGUAUAAGUUGCAUACAACGGCUUUGGAUAAAAUGGUUUUGUGCGGUUUGAACGUAACACCUUCCUUUGAAGACAAAGUUUAUCAACUUGUCUCACUGCGCCGAGUCACUCUUGACAAAAUUCCGAAAGCAAAGAAACUGAUUUUAGACGCCGUUUCUAUUGAGAAUACACACAUCGAUUUUGGUGUCGAGUGCCAAACAAUUCGAGUCAAAAACAUGAGGAGUUUGAAAGCGAUCAAGCUUCCAAAUACAUUGGUCGACUUCACGGGAAUGUCUUGUGGGUUUUCUCAAAUAGAGAUCCCAAGCGAAUUAACUCGAAUCCAUCUGAAAGAUUUGCCUAUCACUUCACUCAAGUUGCCACCAAGUUGUGUGAAAUUAAAACUUCAAAAAUGCAAAAAGCUUCAAGAACUUGAAUUACCAACAACACUAACAUUCCUUAUAAUGAAGAAAGUGCCUCGUGGACUCUUGAAGAAUGCAUUUCUUCCAAAUGUCCCUUUUGAAGUGCUUAGAAAUUAUUGUCUUUCAGAUGAUUGA